AUGAUGCAAACAGAAGCAUUUCCGGCGACAUAUCCCGGCGAACUACCGGUGUUUUGCCGGAGCAUCAGUUUCAGCAGCCUCAUGCCAUGUUUAACGGAAAAUUGGGGUGAUUUACCGUUGAAGGUGGAUGACUCUGAGGAUAUGGUGAUAUACGGCUUCUUACGUGACGCUGUUACUGCUGGGUGGACGCCGUUUAACUUCUCGGCUAAAGAGAUAAAAGCCGAGUCGAUGGAAGAGACGGCGCCGGCGUCAAGUACAGACCAUUUCCAAUCAUCAGAAGUGGCGGCGCCGGUGGAGGAAACUGCUGCAACUUCGGCGACGGUGAUAGCGCCGGCUAAGGGAAAGCACUACAGGGGGGUUAGGCAACGGCCGUGGGGGAAGUUCGCGGCGGAAAUAAGAGACCCUGCUAAAAAUGGAGCGAGAGUGUGGCUCGGGACCUAUGAAACGGCGGAGGAAGCGGCGAUUGCAUACGAUCGAGCGGCGUAUAGGAUGCGUGGCUCGAAGGCUUUGUUAAACUUCCCACACAGAAUCGGCUUGAAUGAGCCGGAGCCAGUUAGAGUGACGUCAAAAAGGAGGUCGCCGGAGCCGUCAACAUCUUUAUCAUCGGCUUCUGAGAGCGGUUCACCAAAAAGUAGAAAUACUAAAGUUGAGCCAGAAGUACAAAGCCGAUCAUCAAAUGAGUUUAAACAUGAAUAG